UCUGUGAAUUCCCAAAAAGAAUCUUCAGUGAAUCAAAGUGUUCAGAAUGCGGAUAACCUAUUGGAAAGUAGCCAUCUACUGCAUCACCUUCCUGGCGUACGCAUAUUCCGGAUAUGGAUGGAAUAUCAUUUCAAACCUUCGAGAUUCCCUCCUGGCCAUGGAAUCUGUUUUUGGGGAUGUUUUCCGCAAUAUCGGACCAAUAGCGCAGAAAUUCAAAAAUGUCCAAGAACUAUUUGAUGCCACCGUGGAGGAAGAUUGUAUCUUCAAUUGCCCUGGAGGUGAAUCUCCAAAGCAGAAUUGGUACUACACCCCCGAACCAAAUGGUUGUGGCUCAAUGGGUUUGACGGUGGACAAACAAUUCCUGCCUGCAGCUGAGAUGGAGAAAUGCUGCAAUGCCCAUGAUAUUUGCUAUGGGACAUGCAACACGGACAAGGAGCUGUGUGAUGCGGAAUUCAAAAAGUGUCUGUACCAUCAAUGUGAGCAAAAUCGCAAUUUCAAUGAGCUCCAGCUCCGUGGAUGCAAAGCCACGGCUAAAUUGCUCUUCACUGGCACCCUGGCGCUUGGAUGUCCGGCAUUUUUGGCUGCGCAGGAGAAGAGUUGCUACUGCUCCGGGACAAAGAGACGGAAGGCCCGGAAAGAUGGGGGGGAGUUGUAGGAUAUUUUACAAGACUUUGUAGCGCCCCUUGUUGAAGACAUGAUGUGCCGUUGAGAGCUUCAGUAGUUCCUCCUUGAUGAGUCGCGUAAUCUCCCGUUUUGCCUUCUGCACGGCCAAUUCGUUGCAACUCUCAAUGGCCAAAUACAAUUUCCUUUCGCCAUCGGGUGGAUGCUUCCCCUGUGGCACGUAUGUCCCCCUCACGGUGAGUCCUGCUUCGGAAUAUUCCGAAAUCUGUGCAAGAGCCUCCUUCGAUGUCACCUUCCAACGUGCCUGCUGCGGGAAAUCAUUAAUCUCCAACUCCUCCUCGUACUUUUUGAAUGUUUGCUCAUUCUCCUGCGCAUUGCUUUCCUCCUCCUCCUUCGGCUGAUAAUUCAACUUCGUAUUCAGCUUCGCCGCCAGCUGCUCCGCCACCGUUUUCGCCGUUAUUAUUGGCUGUGCCGCCGCCCCCUUGAGUAUGGCCUCAGCUGCCUGCUGUGUCGCCCCCUUGGCUUCCAAUCCCAAAUUCCGGGCAAUAUUUAUCCGUGACGCCAGACGCUUCGCCAACUCCAGUUUAUCCGUUGACGAUGUCUGCGGCAGAUGGUGGUGGACUGUCGGCAUGGUGACAACGGGAACUUCAACCUCCUUCACAUUCCUCUUUGCCGCAAACAUAUUCUCAAUUUGCUGAUCAAUAUCCUGAUCCAAGUCAUCCUCCUCGUCGGAAUCCUGCAGCCCCAGGGCGGCCUUCUGGAACUUCUUACUCUCCUUCACGGCAGCUGCUUCCUGCUCGUCGAAUUUGUAGCCCUUCCCGCUGAAGCCACCACCCGUGUGGACACGUUUCCCCUCAGCUUCCUGCCCCGUCUUGUACAUAUUCCACAAAUUCCUCAAAUCUUCCGGAACUUGAGCUCCCGACAGCUCCAGGGCUCUUAUUAUGUCUCCAGCGUACCUGAUGUGAUAAAGAAAGAAACCAAAAAGAAAAAAUUAGGCCUUAGAAAUCUCAAAAAAAAAUUCUUAAAUUUAUAUAAAAUAAAAUUGAAUAAAUAAAUUGAGAAGUUGAAAGAAAAAUAAUUUUAUUUUGAAAUAUUUGUAAAUUAAAAACAAAAUGAUUUUUUUGAAAGCUUAAACCCUAACAAUAACCAAAUGUGUUUCGAAAAAUGAAACUCCGAAAUUAUAUUUUUAUAAUAUUUUUCAAAAGAUUUUCUGAAAAUACUUUAGAACUUUAACAACUGAAAAAAAAAUUUGUGCUAAAGAAAACUUUGAAAAUUUCAAACGAACAAUAAAAUGAAAUUUCGAAAAGAAAA